AUGUCUGCUAUACAAACAAUUGAGCUCAUCUCACUGAAUGAAUCCUUUGGUCCAUCGGUACCCAUCCAGCCAAAUGACGCCCAUCAUCCACCCCGGACAACUGAUGCCAUCAAUCCAACUACCAGCAAUGACGCCCAAACAUUGGCAGAAACCCCCGACCAGGCUCGUGUCUUCCGUGCCAUAGAGCCUGUAAUCACAUCGCCAGUUAGCCAGACGGCCCGGUUUGCGAUUAUCUCACUGCUAGUUACCGCCAACCUCGUCCAGUUCGUAUCCAAUUUCAUCACCCUCAGCGGCGGCCUCACCUUGAGCAAACUCUUGGGCAGAAAUGUAGAAUCCGGGCAAGCCAACUGGAUGGCCGCCUCAUACUCACUAACUCAAGGUGCAUUCGUCUUGGUGUCUGGCCGCCUCGGCACCAUUUACGGUCACCAACGGCUCGCUCUCAUCGGACUUUUCCUCUUCGCAACCUUUUCUCUUGCCAAUGGCUUCUGCAAAUCCUUUGAAGCAUUCAUCGCUAUUCGCGCUUUGAGUGGUGUUGGGGGAGGCAUCUUCAUGCCAAAUGCCGUUACGGUACUGGCUCUCAUGGUGCCGCCUGGUAGGGCGAGAAAUGUGCUUCUUGGCCUCUUUGCGGCCUCACCACCUGCUGGUGGUGUCAUUGGAGCCUUAUUUGCAGGGCUUUGCGCAAAUACAGGUGAAUUCUGGGCAUGGACGGUUCUGUUUGGAUGCAUAGCUGCAGUUUCGGCAAUUUGCCUCCUAUUACUGUUUAUUAUAAUGCCAAAUGAGAGACCUAUCGACAAAGAUGGCAAGAUUGACUUUGUCGGAGCAUUCCUUGGUUUAAGCAGUCUGAUACUCUACAACAUCGCUUGGAACCAAGCCCCGUCAGUCGGAUGGGCAACACCAUACGAGAUUGCAAUUCUGAUACUAUCCGUCUCCCUCUUUGCCUCCUUUCUCCUCUGGGAACGAUUCGUCGCGUCGGACCCCAUCAUGCCGUUGGCGAUAUUCAAAGCCCCGACAUUCCUGGCAAUCAUCGUCGUAGUUCUAUUUAGCUACAUGGCGUUCGGCAUCGCACUUUGGUAUGCCAUCUCCUGGCAGCAGGUACUACGACACAUGUCCGUAUUCCAGAUCGGCGUCAAUUUCAUUCCCUUCGGUAUCGGCGCUCUUGCAGCCGUUGGUCUCGCUGCCUAUCUUCUCCCCCGUGUUGCCGCCAGGUGGGUGAUGGCUAUUGGCGUCGGAGUAGUUCUCGCUGCAAGUCUUCUGCUUGCGACUAUGCCCAUCAGUCAGAGUUACUGGCCGCAAACGUUUCCCGCCAUGAUACUAUGCGGCUUCUGUCCCGACUUUGUCUACCUUGCCGCUCAGGUCAUUGCGAGCAAUAGUGUUGGCCGCAAAUACCAGGGCGUCGCCAGUAGUUUGGUGGGAACCUUGAAUUUGUAUGGCGUGAGUCUGGGGUUGGGAUUCGCAGGGACCAUUGAGACGGAGGUGACCAAGUCGUCGCGAGGGUUGGGGCAUUCUGGAAAGGGGGAAGAGGUCGCGGCUGGCUUUCGCGCGGCUCUUUAUUUCAGUGCUGCUCUUGCUGCCGUCGGGUUGAUCUUGAAUUUUGCGUUUGUACGGCUCCCAAAGGCUGAACGUGAGGGUUGGAACGAGGAACCCGAACAAGUGGACGAGGUUGUGGUUACAGAUUCGCAAGUUUUGCGAAGAGUCGGGCGUGUGUCUUCUGGUAGACCUUGA